AUGAAAAUGCUUGCAAGAAGCUUUGUCUAUUGGCCUGCGAUGCAUUCGGAGAUUGAAAAACUCGUUAGGACCUCGAUCCGAUCAAAGCCGAACUACAGUCAUGGCCGAAACCACAUUCGCCGUGGACUCAAGUUCUUGCUGAUUUCGCUGAACCGGUGGAAGGACGAUAUCUACUUAUCGUGGACGCCUACUCCAAGUCUCCAGUACUCCAGUUUCAAGAUGUCAUCGAUCUCUUCAACGGCUACUAUCCAAGCAAAGAAGUUCAUCUUUGCCACGUUCGGAAAUGCAGAGACGCUCGCAACGGACAACGGAACGCAGUUCACGUCGUCUCAGUUCAUUCAUUCUGCCUUUCCCGAGGAAUCAUGCACACUCGCACGCUGCCGUUCCAUCCACAGAGCAGCGGACAAGCAGAACGCUUUGGACACCUUCAAAAGUAGACUCGCAAAGCUGAAGAGGGAGGAACCAACAGUGGAUGCACUACAGACGUUUCUGAUGGCACAUCGCUCCACUCGCUGCCCGUCGGCAUCUGACCAGCGUUCACCUCCCGAAGCCUUCUUGGGAUGCCGACUUCGAACGGAACUCGAUCUAAUUUUACCCUCUAGAGAUCUCGCAAACAAUACACGAGACGUCAAAAAGGAAUCUCAAUUCAAUCGUCGAAAUGGAGCACGACGCCGUAGCUUUGAGAUCAACGACGCGAUUGCCAAGGAUUAUCGAGGAGAGAAACCUAUCUGGACUCCCAGUUUCAUCACACGCGGUGUUCGAAACACAACCAACACUUUUCACUGUGGAAGCGAAGUAUGGGCUCGACAAGCGAACAAGUUGCGAUCCCAAACCGACACAACACCGACAAACACUUUCUUGGAUGUAUUCAACCUACCAUACUCGACUCCGCGAGCAAAGACGAUGGUGCAACACCGACUGCUUACUGGUCCCAACGACCGCAUCGCCUUCGACGACCUCACCUCUGACUACAGAUGGACUCACGAAGAACUCGAUACGAGAUAA